AUGUCUUUCUACGAUGAGAUAGAGAUCGAAGACAUGACCUAUCACGAGUCCACAACCCUCUACACCUACCCAUGCCCAUGCGGCGACCAGUUCGAAAUCUCGCUCUCCGAUCUCCGCGACGGCGAGGAAGUCGCAGUCUGCCCCAGCUGCAGUCUGAUGAUCAAGGUUAUAUUCGAAGCAAUGGAGAGAAGGGACUGCCGUGGUGCAGAGAUGGAGAGAUUGAUGGAUUCCAGGGCUUAG